AGGAAGCUUCUCAACUCACCAAAAGAACAUUUGGAGUCGCACUAUAGGACUAGAUGCUCCCUCAGAAGACAAAAAAAUAAAUAAAGGAAAGAGUCUGAAUUGAUGAUUAAGACCAGUGAGAAAGAGGCACUGAACUGAGUGAGUAACCUCACUGACACUGGUCGAGUUUUGCAGAUCAGGCUUGAAACCCAUCAAACCAUCUGAACCAUGAAGCUUCCUGGGACAAUCAUUCUUGCAGCAGCCACUGAAGACUUUAACAGUUCCCUGCUGAUUCCACUACCAGGAAAUGCAACAGACAAUCAAGCCUAGAACAUUUCUACUCACAGGUAAAAUCUAGUUUGUGCUCUUGUUCAAAAUAUGCAGGCUUCUUACAAAUCAGUUGGUGACAAAAUAUUCUAACAACUUUUUUUUCCCUCAUUACAGCCACAAGAGCUGUUAGAAUUGUUAGAAAUUUGUAUUACAGAACAGUGCGAUGUAAUUUAUGAUUACAAAUUCGAGGUGAAAAGAAUACAUUGUUCCAAAAAGUCGUCAUGGAGUUUUCACAGAGAAGCUGGAAAUGGUCUCAUAAAAUUGCACAUAAAUGUGGAUUUUAUUUACUAAUUAGGUGACGUAUGAAGGCAUUUAGUUUCAGUGGCUACUUUCAUAUGCUCACUACACGUUUUAGUUGUUUAUUUAUUUAGUUUAUUUAUUUAUUAUUUACAAUAAAUAAAUAAAAAAAAUUCCUCACUACAAUUAUGCGCCAAUUUGUGUUUGUCCAUCACAUGAAAUAAUAAUAACUAAGUUUCUGGUUGAGACGUGGCAAAACGUUUCAGGUCCAAGAAUGUUUUGCAAGGCAAAAUACAUUACACAUCAACACGUCGUUUCAAGUCAAUAUUAGUUUACAUUUCAUAAAUCGUCAAUGAUCUGAAAAUCCUUCUUCCAAUUAAGCCUCUGCGGAGCUGAAUCAGGCUCCUUCUCUUCUGUCUUAAGUGGAGCGCUUUUAUCACCAGGCUGCUCUUCAAAUCCAUAUAACUGCGAGGCGAACGUAUUCUAAUCUCUUAAUUCAAUCUAACUGAUCUUUGACCACAGAAAGCCUUUUCCUUGUUAAAUCGUAAUCCCCAGCUGCCUCAUCUGCUUAAACGAAGUGUGCAAUUUGCAGACAUUAUUGCCUGGGGUCUGUACAGUCUCCACAGCAGCAGUCAAACACUGGCAGCGUGCGCUUUAGAGCAACAUGGAAGGGAGGUCUGCCUGCCCGUAGUAAAAUUAGCCAAAGGAGAGUGCUGGACUUUGCUUCACAUUGACCUCUAGCUGUUUUAAUUAAAUGGGGAGUUUCCUUCUCCUCCUGAGUAAUAACUGGCAGAGCUCCUCAGAGGGCCCUUGGCAUUCACACUCAAAGCAGUGAUAAGUCUUCAAACUGUAUAACCCUGCUUUUAAUAUCAUCACACUCAACCAAACUGGACGAUAAAACAACGGCCAGAUGAUUCUGGUGUUCUGAAGUCUUACCCCUGCAUACAAGUGUUGGUUUCCACAGAGGGGAGAUUAGAAUUAAUGUGCCCUAGUUGAUGAGAGGGCUCAACACAUACUCUCCAUCCUGGAGUCUGUUUGGUUUCAACACAGCUGAUGUUCUCAGGAGGUUGUGACAGAAAUGCCUCUGGAGUAAAGUUGUUUUGUUUUUUUUACCCUUAGGCAUGUUUACUAUAAGUAGCUCAAUCAUUAGCCUGGGAUUGUUUUUCUCUGCUAUCUUAUAAUCUGCAGAUGCACCAGAGUCGGUGUCCAUGUUGUCAGCUUCCCAGACUUAUGGUGGUGGGAGUCAUUGCUUCAUAUGUGCAGACAGAGCCACGGGUAAACACUACGGUGCGUCUAGCUGUGAUGGCUGCAAGGGAUUCUUCAGGAGGAGCAUUCGCAGCAACCAAACAUACAACUGCAGGUUCAACCGGCAAUGUGUCGUGGACAAAGACAAAAGGAACCAGUGUCGUUACUGCAGACUGCGGAAAUGUUUCAAGGCUGGAAUGAGAAAGGAAGCUGUUCAGAAUGAGAGAGACUGCAUCAACCCCCACAGAGUGAAGGGACAACCAGUAGGAACUCUGUCCAUCAACGUGUUGCUGCAGGCGGAGAACAGCGUGCAACAGAGUCAUGAUAUCAGCACCAAGAAAACAGCCUGUGUGGGAGACGUGUUUGAAUCGAUGAAGCAACAGCUCCUCCUGCUGGUGGAAUGGGCCAAACAUAUCCCAGAGUUUUGCAGCCUUCACAUAGAUGACAGAGUAACUCUUCUACGAACCCAUUCUGCUGAACAUCUGAUUCUGGGAGCAGCAAGACGAUCGCUACCCUAUAAUGACGUCAUUCUUUUAGGCAACGACUUUGUGAUCCCCCUGAGAGGAGCUGAGUUGGAAGUGUCCAGAGUGGCUAUCAGAAUCCAGGAGGAGCUCGUCAAGCCUCUCAGGGAACUGGACAUUACAGACAAAGAGUUUGCUUGCCUCAGAGCCAUAGUUUUCUUUGCUCCAGCAGACUGUCCAGGCCUGGAGAACCCUCAGGUGAUCCGAUAUUUGCGUCUCCAGGCCCACGUUCUACUAGAGGAAGCGACGUGUGAUCAGAGAGGAAGGUUAGGAGAACUUCUGCUGGUUCUUCCUGCGCUGCAGAGUGUUUCCUGGCAAAUGGUGGAAACCCUCCAUUUGGCAAAGCUGCUCGGUGAAGCCAGACUGGACAGCCUGCUGCAGGAGAUGCUGCUUGGAGAGGGAACGGCAACAAAUCAAGGGCAGGCUGCCGGCAGUAUCCUGAACUGUGAGCGUCAGAAUGACCUCAGACCUUCUCCUGCCACCUUCAACUCUGAGCUCCCAUGCUUCAACUAGUCUUACCGUCGUCAUGCUGCCCACACAGACUGGCACUGAGGUGUACAGACAUGGAGAGGCUGCCAAUGUACCCACAUUGUACCAGAGGUCUAUGUCUGCUACAAGUAAACAACUAAAGGAGCAGCAAUUCAACUGAAGGACGAGUGGAGUCCUACAAGGCCUUCAGAGGAACUCAAGCAGACAUAUAGAGACUCAACCACAAACUCAAUAAUGAAAGAAAAACGCAUAGAAAUAAACAAGUUGCUUACGCCAGCUAGCAUUUAUUUUUUUAAAGAUAUAUAUUGCUUUUUUAAAUACAUUUGAAAAGUGAAGUUUCAAAUACAGACAGGAAUCAAACAACUGAACUGAUAAUAUUUAGAAAAUCAUCAAGAAAAAAAAGAGGAAGAGUAUUUCUGAUACUGGAGUCACUGAACUGAAGUGAACUGUGUUGUCCAGCAGAGGGAACUAAAAGGCUGUUAUUUGACAUUUUCAAAAGAUUUAUUUUAUAAAUUAACACCAGGAAAACAAUUGUUUACUUUUAAUCUCCCUUAACUAGCUCUUUAUAUACACAAAACUGACCACACAACUUCUUAAUAUUAAAAGAUAAUUCUCUUGGUCCAGAAA